AUGGCGGUUGCUGGUCCAGUUCUUCCCCCUCUCUCCGUCUUCACACAGCCGCAACUUGACACAAUUGUAGGACAAGGGCGACGACUGGGGAAAGGGCGAGAUGAAAACGGCAAAUUAGUUGCAAAUGUUGAUGUCUUUGACCAAAACAGAGCUCUUGUAGAUGGACCUUGCUCAGGUGUGGGUCGCAAAGAUUUAAAUUUUAAAGCACUCCAUCUUACACAGUUUACAAUUAACAUUGGACCCUCUGCUAGGUCAGGAACAGUUAAGAAAGCUUGGGAGAAAGAAGAGAUAACAAAGAAGUGGGAGAGGGCUGAAUUGACUGAUUUUGAGAGGUUCAAGUUAAGGAAAGCAAAGCAGACUCGUGAUCGCCUAACCAACAUAGAAUAUGGUAGAUUGUGA